GAAAAUAGCAGCAAUAAUUUCUUUUAGGCUUUUUUUCUAAGUUUUUUAAUAAAGUCCCAUUUCAUGUGUUGACACAGUGUCUUUUGAGGAAUAUUUUAACGCUUAUUGUGAGUUCCGCUGUGAUGAUUUUGUUUUAAACUGAGUUUUAGCGGUUUCAGAGGAGUUUUUAGUGGGAAAACUUGAGUUGCAGGAUGGCCACCCCGAGCAAGACCCCACCCGGUGCUGACCCGAAGCAGCUUGAGCGGACCGGGACGGUCCGGGAGAUCGGCUCCCAGGCGGUGUGGUCGCUGUCCUCCUGUAAACCAGGGUUUGGAGUGGAUCAGCUGAGGGAUGACAACCUGGAGACCUACUGGCAGUCAGAUGGAUCCCAGCCGCACCUGGUCAACAUUCAGUUCAGGAGGAGGACGACGGUGAAGAUGUUGUGUAUUUACGCCGAUUAUAAAUCAGAUGAAAGUUACACGCCCAGUAAAAUCUCUGUGAGAGUGGGCAACAAUUUCCACAACCUUCAAGAGAUCAGGCAGCUGGAGAUGGUGGAGCCCAGCGGCUGGAUUCACAUCUCUCUACUAAAUCAGCGAACAAACGAACCAAUCAGUACCUUCAUGAUCCAGAUCGCCGUGCUCGCCAACCAUCAGAACGGCAGAGACACGCACAUGAGGCAGAUCAAGGUUUACACGCCCGUGGAGGAGAGCUCCAUCGGCAAGUUCCCACGAUGCACCACGGUGGACUUCAUGAUGUACCGCACCAUCAGGUGAUCCGAUGCGGCCGAUCCGGGACUCUCAGGAUCAGAGGAAAGAAGACGGAGACUGAGCUGCUUGUUUGGAAGACCGACGGGUUCAACCGAUCGGCUUCCCACUGGUUAUGAUUGGGCUGGGAUAUUUCAGGUUGCCAAUAUUUAAAGUUGCUUUAAUGAGGAACUGAAACUGGGUUUGGAGUGGAACCCUUGUGCCAACAAUUCCUGUGGAUUUGUUUUUUGACUGUGAAAUAAAUGUUGUCAAACCAAAAA